CCUACGUGUCGUUCGUGCGUACUGCGCAAGUGCUUGGCGUGCUAGAUGACAAAGAAUGCGACUACGCCAAGGCUGUGGGUGAAUUCUUUGAAGGCGCCUGCGCUCCGGGCGCCCAGGACGCCUCGCACGCCCUCGGCCAAUCGAACUACAACGUCACCAACCUCUGCAGUCUUUGCAAGUCUCCUAACGCCGCUAGCAACUUCACCUGCGGUUGGGACCACUCUAACAACCUGUAUUUCGGCAACAACGGCUCCUUGUCCUGCUUGGCUAACAACGACGCGGACGUGAUCUUCGUAGAGACCACCAAUAUUACUGAUUACCUGUCCGCCCUGAACCUGCAAGGCUCCCAGUUCCGCGCGAUCUGCAGUAACAAUACCUUGGCCCUCCAGAACGGAGUCAAUGUGGAUGACAACUGCUUGCUGGCUUAUGUGGUGGACUCCGAGGUGUUGACUAGACGACAAGACGAAGCCUACAACAGCAUCAGCACUCUCCUCGACACCCUUGAAAAGUACUUCGGCUACGCCGCCUCAUCAGGUACCCAGCAUGUCAACAUGGAGAUCUUCUCGAGCUUCGAUGGAACCCGCGACUUGCUCUUCAAGAACACCGCCGUUGGCUUCUCAGAACCCACCAGAGCUACGACCAACCAGCCAGCUAAGAACUACAUCGAACUGUUCAGCCAUUUGCAAGCCUGUACAGGCGCUGGUAAUAACAUUCCGGUCCCUGGAUUGGCUAACAGGAGCUUCUAUUCCGUUCUGACUCUGAUUUUGUCUGCGCUGCUUACGCGUUUCAUUGUUUAUUAAGCUGUCAGCUCCGUUAGUUAGGGGUUAUUGCAACUAUUUUUGUCGGCCCUCUGAUGGGGACAGAGUUUAUGUUGUUUCCCUGUCCCUCUUAGCAGCAGAAUAGCAGAAAGUGUCCGACGAAAGGAUAGGUAAUAACCCCUUUAGUCUAUUAGAUUUUUAUGCAAAUAGCGUCAAGUAUUCUAC